AUGGACGUGGAUUCGGAAACUCCAGAUGCCCCGGAGUCUCCGAUUUACGUGGAUCAACAAGGUCGAUGGAAGCACCUCUACAACGUCCUAAGUAAACGCGGUCCUUUUACAGAUGACGACUGGAACCCUGGCCCCGAGCCUAUCAAUGCUCUGGAAUCUUCCAAAAUCCUGGUGAUCGGAGCUGGUGGACUAGGAUGCGAGAUUUUAAAGAACCUGGCACUGUCAGGAUUCAAAGAUAUUCAUGUCAUCGACAUGGACACCAUUGACAUAUCAAAUCUCAAUCGACAAUUCCUCUUCCGCCAGGCAGAUAUCGGAAAGCCCAAAGCUGAAGUCGCCGCUGCUUUUGUGCAAAAGCGAGUGAAGGGAGUGAAUAUCACACCCUAUGUCGGCAAAAUCCAGGAUAAAGAUGAAGACUACUACAUGCAGUUUAAUAUUGUCAUCUGUGGCUUGGACAGUAUCGAAGCUCGGCGCUGGAUCAAUUCCACUUUGAUCUCCAUGGUCGAUGAAGAUGAUCCCUUGAGCCUGAAGCCACUUGUUGAUGGUGGAACUGAAGGUUUCAAGGGCCAAGCCCGUUGCCAACUGGAUAUGCACGCACCUCGUCCAGCAGUCCCUCUCUGCACAAUUGCCACCAUUCCGCGCCAGCCUCAACACUGCAUUGAAUGGGCGCACCAGAUCGCAUGGCAAGAGAAGCGCAAAGAUGACACCUUUGACAGUGACAAUAUGGAACACAUAUCGUGGAUAUACAAUGCCGCUUACGAACGUGCCGAGCAAUUCCAUAUCCAUGGGGUUACCUUCCAGAUGACUCAGGGUGUGGUCAAAAAUAUCAUUCCGGCUAUCGCAUCAACGAACGCCGUCAUUGCGGCCUCCACAACUUCAGAAGUGCUGAAGAUCGCCACUGGCUGCAAUCCAUUCCUAGCCAACUACAUGAUGUAUGCUGGCGAGGAAGGGGUGUACACCUACACUUUCGAGGCGGAGAAGAAGCCCGACUGCCCCGUGUGCGGAGAACUUGCCCGCAAGAUGAACGUGGAUCCCAAUAUGACCCUGGGCGAGUUCAUUGACAGCCUCGGGGAAAGGGCCGAGGCUCAAUUAAAGAAGCCUAGCAUGCGGACUGAAGAGAAGACCCUCUACCAGCGUUUCCCACCUCAGCUAGAGGAGAUGACCCGACCUCACUUGGGAAAGAAGUUGGCAGAUUUGAUCGAGGAUGGCGAGGAAGUCGCUGUCAGCGACCCAGCCUACACCACCACAUUCCGCUUCCGUCUUCACUUCAAAUAA